AUGGCAGAUGGUGGCAGUAUGCAGCCCGACAGCAAACAAUCUCAGCCCAGUUCAGCUCCAGCUCCAGCUCAACAGCAGAAUUCCAAUACAGAAGACGAAGCCAAGGGAAAGAAGCCGGCAGUUAAAAAGAGGACCAAGACAGGAUGUCUGACUUGCCGGAAAAGGCGAAUCAAGUGCGACGAAACUAAGCCAAGAUGCAAGAACUGCAUCAAGUCCAAACGACCAUGUGAAGGAUAUACGCAACGUGUUGUCUUCAAGGACCCUGCAAAUUUAGGAACAGCUCAUGGCCAUUUUGGACCAACCGUAUAUCCACCUGGUACUCGACAACAAGGCGCCUCCAUCGGACUUCACCCAAAUCCGGCCAACUCUCAAGCUUCUCUGCAACCGAUUGCACCCAGACCAGCAACUUUCAAUGGCAGUCACAGGCAACCUAUGUCGUUUACACAAGUCCACUCGAGCCACGGUUCGCUAUCAAACUAUCCUCCAAUCCCGAACCCUCUUCUAGGACCGGACGCUGCUCAUCUCGCCCAGAAUUAUUAUAUGGGAUCCAGCCACGGCGAAGUUCCACCUAAUGUCCUUGGCCAAGAGCAAGACUCGAGAGAAGAACAACUUGGGACCUCCUUUGAACGUGAUAUGCCUUCCAACCGGGGGUAUGGAUGGCCAGACCGCACCCAGUACGGACAUGGAGGCAUAGAAGACGAGGUUGCCAUGGACGAGUCUGACGAUGAAUCCCCCGAUCCACAGUCGCUUACUGUGCGAGAUUAUAGAGAUGUUUUGAAACCGUACACAAGAGGAGGCACCGAAGUUAGAACCUUUUCAGCAUUUGCACAGAACUAUGCCCUUUCAGAGUACAUGGACUAUGUUCAUUCCUCCGAGCUACGGCGGCAUGACAUGCAAACCAUCUUCCGCCAUUUUGUUAGUGUCACUGGUCCUACCAUGUCACUAUAUGAGAGAGACCCAACCUCGCUCGCUUCAGGAGCACGAUUCGACGGUGACGCUACUCUCGAUAACAACUUGUGGAGCCAUACGUUCCCUUUGCUGUCCUUCCAUCAUCCUGGUCUCUUCCACGCCAUUAUGGCAAUUGCAAGUUUACAGAUUGCAAAUCUCCAAAAUACUCCGGCCACAGCCGCGUUAAGGCAUUACCAUAUCUCUCUUCGUCGAAAUGCGAGGAACGUAAGCAGCCUGCAGAGAAAUACAAAGCCGACUACCGUGGCAACCACAUUGCUGUUGGCCUACUUUGAGGUCUGGUCAUCGGAUCACACCAAGUGGUGUAAUCAUCUCCUUGGCGGAAGGCUUUUAUUUCGACAAAUACCCCUUAGACAAAUGUCCCGCAUUUGUCUUCCAGUCAAGCGGAUGAGGCACUUCCCAAGUCCACUCUCAGCGCCGCCUUCCAUCGGACCGCGAAGAGAUCCCGCUGAUCUUGAUUACGGGCUCCUAAGCACAAUUACGGGCCAUCAUGUCACAGCCGAGGAUUAUGGGCUCCAAGAAGGUCAGCUCCUGGACGAGGAAUGCCUAUGGACCACCGAUAAAGACAUAGAGACUUACGACAUGCUUCGAGACCUCUUCUGGUGGUAUGCGAAAAUGGAUGUUUAUCAAAGCAUGCUUGGUGGGACUAAACUAUUUAUGGAGUAUGAACAUUGGACGCAAUGCCCCCCACGGGCUCCCUUGUCUAGCAUCAACUCCAUUUUUGGGACUUAUGAUCAUCUCAUUCUACUCCUUGGUCGUCUGGCGAGCUUUACAUCAAAAGACUUGUCGAGAAAAAGAAAGGCAUUCCGAGCAAAAGGUGGUGGAUCCUUUAGGGGAGGAUCGUCUCCAUCCCAGUUUCCCGGAAUUGUGCCUACUCUAGGAAAGUUCCAUGCCCCAAUAGGCUUUUCUGCACAAUCAUGUUAUUCAGAUGAGUCGGAUUCUCCAGGCGACACGGCAACACCUGAAAGCAACGAGCUGGCUGAGCAGGAAUGGGAGAGUAUUCGCCAAGCGUUCGAGACUUUUGAGAAUCGUCUUGACGCUCGUUUUAAGCCUUUAAAUAGUGAAUAUGCCGAUCACAAAGACACACCAUUUGGUACAGCACUCCAGUACCGCACCUAUUCUGUUGCCGGCAUUUGGAUGAAUUACUAUAUGGGUCUUAUUCACUUAUACCGGAGUCGGCCCAACAUGCCGCCAGCGGCAAUGCAGGCUGCAGGAAUGGCGGCGCCUUCUACUGCCGGUUAUGCGAUACAAAUUGGACGUAUCGCAGCCGGGCUCACAGACAACUGUUCUACAAAGAAAGAUAUUAGUACUACGCUUGCAGCUGCUCUAAUUGAGAGCAGCUUCUGCCUGUUUGUGGCAGCAGUACAGCUCCAAGAUAACAAUCAACGCUGUUGGGUAAUUCAGCGUGUAUUCGAUAUUACUCGACUGACUGGAUGGCAAACGGCUAGAAAGAUUGCCAUUGGAUGUGAGUCGGCCUGGAUUAAGGUCGCACAGCUGGGCCAUGGACCGGAGUAUAAAAGGCCACAGCAUCUGGAAGAAGUGCCCACGUCUGUGUGGAUGAACCCUCGAAAACUAGACCAGAGGAUUCAAGAUCUGCAGAACACCACGGAAACAAGACUAGUCCUCCAUCGGUCUGAACAGACCAAUCUAGCUUUAGGCUUGCUCGGGGUAGAAACAGACUUGGAGGUGCUAGAUCUUAGGGAGGACCGGUAA